CGGUUUCAAACAGUUUCGUUUUUUGUGUAAAAAUUGUGUUGUUUUUGUGGUUUUUAUCACUCUAGAAGUAAAAUCAAGACACUUUUUUUAUAGUUUUAUAGUUUAACUCAGUUCAGUUAUUUUUUUUAUUUUCUGUAACAAUACUGCUCCUCGCCGGUGUUACCUACUUAUUUGACAAUUUUUUGCAAUUAUGAACAAAUCAGGUGUGAAUAGCGAAUCUGAGGAUUCCUUUCGUGUCAUGAGAACGAAAAAAAAUGCCAUAAUAGACUCGAGCGAAGACGAAGAUGAAGCACUUUCUUCCAGUCGUGAUGACUCCAAAGAGUCGCUUCCCUCAUUUAACACUUUUAAUGAAGAAUCGGAUCUUGAGGAUUCUCUUCAUGAAGAAGAAAUUGCGACAAAAGAAUCGCCCCCACAGGAGGAAUACGCGACGGACGAUGAAGACCCCGAUUAUAGUUCAAAACAGUUCUCUCAGACGAAAAUAACAGACGACGAAAGUAGUGAUGAUGAAGCAAGAGCGGGUGAUAUCGUUGAGAGCACUGAUGAAGAAAUCGAAACAACUACGCAAAUAAAAACUAAAAUUAACUCGCCACAAAAUCGUUCAGACGUUGUAACUAGCAGUGAUGACGCUUAUAAGACAAACGCAACUCCUAACACAAAUAAAAAUGAAGAAAUAGUUUCGGAAAAGUCUAAUAUUGAUGAUUUGAGUUUCCCUGAGGAAACAUCAAAUUCGCCUAAAAAUAUAAUAAAUGCUGUGGCAACUAGUGAUAAUGAACACGAUUAUGGUUCCACAGUGGACAGUGAAAGUUCCGUAGACCUAGUGGAAAAGUCUUACAGUAUUGUGGAAGUUAGUAGUGAUGAAGAGGCGCCCCCUGUUCGGCUUAAACAAACCAACAUUAAGUCAUUUAUGUCAAGCUUUCAAGUUCCCCAGCCACCGCCUCUACAAAUUGUAACCAGGGAAGAAUAUCAAGAACAAAGGAAAAAGGUGGCUGCAGUUGAGAUGGACUUGUUUCGAGCUAAAAAUGCCAUGAGAAUUAUAAAAAUGGAAAAUCUGCCUGAUAAGGGCAAAUCUCUCGUGGCGAAGGAGAGGGCGUUGGACGUAAUGUUGCAACAAGAGAGAAAUAUAUUUAAAAAUAUGAUAGUAGAAGAGAAAGAGCCUCUAGGGGUAAAACAAAAGAUUGAGGUAGCCUGGGAUGAAAUUGAGGCUGGUGUGGAUGCAGUUGGGCCAAGAACAAUGGGAAAGAAAGUUGUGCAGCGCUUCAACGCCGAAAAGCAGCUGGCCGUGGAAACCCUCGACUCCCUCCACAAAUCCCUGGACACUUGCCCCACCGCCAACGACUUCGUCGACGACCCCAAGGGCCUCAAGGUCCCUUUGCUCGAUCACCAGAAAAGCGCCCUCGCGUGGUUGCUAUGGCGCGAGAAGCAAAAACCCUCCGGGGGGCUCUUGGCCGACGACAUGGGUCUGGGCAAAACCCUGACCAUGAUCUCCCUAGUGCUCAAAUCGCGCGAAGUCAACCCCGAUGAAGACCGCGAGAAAGAAACCUACAGAGAGAAGUACCCCGGAGGCACCUUGGUCAUCUGUCCGGCCAGCUUGAUGGGGCAGUGGUCGCUGGAAAUCGAGCGGAGGACCAAGAGGGGGCUGCUGGACGUGGAGCUGUUUCACGGGCCGAAGAGGGAGACCAAGUCCAAGCGUUUGGCCAAGCACGACGUGGUGGUGACGACGUACGGGCUCAUCCUCAACGACAAGAGUCGGGUGGCGUUCGGGGUGAGGUGGCGGAGGGUUAUCUUGGACGAGGCGCACCAGAUCCGGAACUACAAGUCGCAGACGGCCGAGGCCGUUUUUCAGCUUUCGGCGAGGUCGAGGUGGGCGCUGACGGGGACGCCGGUGCAUAACAAGGAGCUGGAUAUGUACGCCAUUUUGAAGUUUUUGAGGUGCGCGCCGUUUGAUGAUCUGACGGUGUGGAAACGCUGGAUGUCGGACAAGAGCACGGGCGGUAGCAUGCGCCUCCACGCCGUCAUCUCCUCCCUAAUGCUAAGACGAACCAAAUCAGAACUAAUGGAAAAAGGCAUCUUAGAAAACUUACCCGAAAGAAACUGGCAACUAGUACCCGUCAAACUAGACCAAGACGAAAUGGACGUCUACCAGAAAAUCCUACUCUUCUCGAAAGCCCUCUUCGCACAAUUCCUCCACCAACGCGCCGAAAAAAAUCAAGACGGCAUCAACAUACGAUACGAGGGAACACCACAUGACCCAAACGGGGAGUAUUUCAAGAUGAGGAACAAGUUAUUGAAGAUGAACAGGGUGAAGGAAGUCAGCCAGCACGAAAUUCUAGUGCUUUUGUUGAGGCUGAGGCAGAUUUGUUGCCAUCCUUGUCUGAUAGUACAGAUGUUACAGGGCGACGAGGAUUUGGGGGAGGCUGAUCAGUAUGAAGACACUGAAGAAAUGAAUUUGUUGGACCAGUUGAAUAAAUUGAAUAUUAAUGACAAUAAUGAACACCCGGCUGAGGGGUUGAGUGAGGGGGGAGUGGGGUUGAAGGAGGCGUCUAGGGGGUAUUUGAAUCCGUCCAAUCCGGUGUUUAAUCCGGAACGGGCAAGCAGUAAGAUCAAGACGUUAAUAAAAGUACUAAAAGAAAAAGUCAGCUCUGGCGAUAAAGUCGUAGUCGUUUCCCAAUGGACGAGUAUGUUAGACUUGAUAGCCCUCCACAUCAGACAAGCUAGGAUCGGUUUUGACUCCCUCAACGGCAAAAUCCCCUCGAACAAGAGAAUGCCGAUCGUGGAUAACUUCAACGACCCGAACAGUGACACCAGAGUUUUACUUCUUUCUCUGACCGCCGGCGGCGUGGGUUUGAAUCUAGUGGGCGGCAACCACCUAUUCCUGUUGGAUUUGCACUGGAACCCGCAACUGGAAAGCCAAGCGCAGGACAGAAUAUACAGGAUGGGGCAAAAAAAGCAGAUUUUUGUGUACAAAUUCAUGGCUGAGGACACGAUCGAGGAGCGAAUUAAGAAUUUGCAAGAGAAGAAGAUGGAAAUUGCCGAGUCGAUGUUGACGGGGUCGAAGAGGGUCAGUGAUAAUAAGCUCAGUUUGCAAGAUCUGAAAACAUUGUUUGAUUUUAAGUGAUGUUGGUUAGUUUUUUUAGUGAUUGGAAAAAAGAUUUUGGUUACGUUAAGUGUGAUUUGUUUUUUGUAUAUUUAUUUUAUUUUAUUGAUGAAAAAAUAUAAGUCGCUGAAAGAG